AUCAGGUUAUAGACCAACCUGACCCCGGAGCUUGUGAUUUCAAAUAAGCCUGUUUGACCAUAACCUUCUGUCUUGUCUCUUCUGACUUAUUCCGACCUAGUCCAAUACCUCCACAUCACCGUCACUUUAGCCAGCAUUGUGAGAAGCUCACAUUUUCAGCACAGCUGUCUAGUUCAUACCUUUACUGUGUUGUCUCUUAUCUGACGGAUUGCGAGCGAACACACGGAUUGCUGACUAUUACAGUGACCAAGUGCUGAUGGUUUCUCCGCUUCAAAUGCUGCCAGACCUGCUGAGAUUUAUGGAUGUGAGUUGCACAGAUGUUCCCAGAUCUUCAACAAGAGCUGUCUACUAAAGAGACUCUCCAGAGCUCGAAGUUAUCAUUGAUGACCAGUGAAAACUCUUGUUCACCAUGGUACCUAAAUCCGCUGAGUGGCUCCCCCUGUACAUGCCGUCGGAGCCCUCGCUUGCUAACAAAUGGCUAUUAUGAUCUAAGUGAAGAGAGUUUCGUGGAUGAGGAGGGAAAUCUCACUUUCAUACCAUCCAAAAUAAACAUCAGUUACAAGGAAAAUCUUGUACGAAUCUUCCGCCGGAAGAAGAAAGUUCGUAGAUCCUUGGCAAGUCUUUUUUCAUUAGACUCCUCCAGUUCCUGGUUGAACAACAGUCUUUUCAGUGGAAUUGACUGUCCUCUUGCAGAAUCCUCUUGGAUUGAUGGAGGAAAUGAUUUUGACUCCAGUUUCAGGAACGAUCAAGGAAGGAGCAGUGUUGAUGCAUCCCCCAAUGGUAAAUCUUGGUUAUCGGAAGAGAAUAUGCCUGUAAUUGACACCGAAUCCUACACCAAAGAAAGCUUAUUGAUAAACAAAUCAACAGGAGGCCAUUUCAAACUUCCUUCUCAUUCACCAUUACAUCCUACAAAGUGCUUCCUCAAUAACAUGUUGGGUGGUCCAGAUUUAAUGACUGUCAAGAGUUUCUUUUUCCAUCUGAUCAUCUCGGUCCUUUCAAUAUGUGUUGCCGUGUUUGCAAGUUGGUUUCUUGCAGGAGUGGUUGCUGCUUUGCUUACAACUAUGCUGGUGUUUGCAGCUGUGCUGUACACGGCAAAAUCUGCAUAUCCCUUCUUUCUUAAAUCUGACAAUAUCUUGCAUCAUGCACAAUCUGAGAAUUUGAAGAACAAUUUUAUAUCAACUGCUUCACAGCAACACUAGUGAUGAAGUUGGAAAAACCUUGAUAAUUUUGACGUUGAAUGGACGGGAAACACAAUGAUCUUUCUUCUCGACCUUUAGCAGGGUUAGAACUGAUCUUCACUUCACAAAUCGAGGAAAACCAACUGGUUGAAUCAUUUCAGAAAUCAAGAUGUUCUUUUAAAGCAGAAUGAAAAUGUCAACUGUAUUUGAAUAUAAGGAAUUAUUCUGUCUUGCCAUUGUUUCAAAUGAUUUUGAAAUCUAACCCUGCUCCAUUUCUAUACUGAGCCAUUUCUAGUCUCCAUUGAGGAGUUGCUCAUGAAAGACUCUUAAGAAGUGAUGGAGAGAGUUAUCCUUGGCUAAUCCUGAGUGUCACAUGUCCAUUGUGUUUACACCUCUUUAAUAUCCAAACAUGUGCUGCAAAAAGUGUAGUUCAGUUGGUGGAGGCCAUUAAUAAUAUAAACAACAUCACAUUCAACCAUUCUGCCUAUUAAUGAGGUUGUGACCGUUGUCCAGCAAAUUACAUGACAGGAUUUCUAUAACGAUAUCACAUCAGCUUACUAUGCCUCGCUUAUACAAAGGGAUAAAGGCAAGAUGCUGUCAGCUGCUAAUAGAGAUGAUGUAGUCAAUGGAUUGAAGAGGACUGUACUUUACGUUCUUUAAAUGAUUAGGCUGAAAUACAGAUUCUGCCGUAUCCCUGCAUUGCAGGGAGGGGCCGUUUGGCUCAUUAAGUCUGCAGUGAACCCCCUAAGAGAUUCCCACCUUAUCCCUGGAACUCCACAUUUACCAUUGCUAAUCCACCUAAUCUACACACCCCUGCACAUUAUAGGACAUGGCCAAUCCACCGAACCUACACAUAGACUGUGUGUGGAAACCAGAGCAUGAGGCAGAAACCCGCACAGAUUCGAUGAGAAUAUGCAUUCUGUCAGCCACGCUGGGAUCAAAAUUGGGUCCCUGGUACUGUGAGCCACCGUGCAGAAGCAUUGUGUGUAGCAAGGACAUUGAAUUCGAGUUUUGUGGAAAAUGUAUUUGUUCAUUUGUAAGAGAGGAUCAGUAGUCCCAGCACUGUUCAGAUUCUGAAGAAGUUGAUUGCACUCUGAGCUUGGAACAGAACGUGAAAGAACAAACCGGGAGAGAGAUCUCCUGCACAAAUCUUCACCGAUCUUCCUGUCACAGAAUCGUUGGUCAACACAGCAUUUGUCAUUGUAACCUCCUGGAGACCAAGUGCAGCUUUCAAUCUGAGGAAGGUUUUCUUCAUUUUGUGUGUAUCCCCACUGAUUGGAACAGAUAAAGAACUGAUCCCUCAGCUUAAAAGUGGGUAUCCAUGAGGGACACUGGGCAAUCAUUUGUACUUUGGGGUUUUACAAGUUUAAUUAACACAAUGAGUUUCUAAAUUUCCAACUACUGGGUUACAGUUUUGGAACUAUAAGUAUACAAAUCAACCAAUUAUUUGAAUAUGGUGAAUUUGAACAAUGGAAUUUGUUUGACCAUUGAACAAUGUUAUUUAAGAAUAAGCAAACACAAAAUGCUAUUAAUGUUACUGAUAAGCACACGAAUGAUUAUCUUAAUAGUUAUUUGCAAUUGUUUCUCUUUUUCCUUGAUUAUAAAUCUGUAAUAAGUUGCUUCACUGUAAGUCUUUCAGGCUUUAUACCAUUAUUUCAAAGCAAGUUUGAUGAUGGGUUCACCGGGCUUGUAAUACAACUACAGUUUUUCAAGUUUUAUUUAAAAUGGAUUUACUUACUGGACUGUAACAGAAGAUUGUAUUUCCCUCUCACCUCACUUCCAUCUAAUUUACUCUCUUAACAUUCAAAUGGAAUGAGCGAUCACUGUUUAAAAAUGCAGGGUUGCUCAUUUAAGACAGGGAUAGGAAGAUAUUUUUCCUAAAAGUCUGUUGAGAGUCUUUGAAGCUGUCUUCCUCAAAAAAUGGUGGAAACAGAAUCUGUGAACAUUUCUGAAGAAAACAUAGAUGGAUUCUUGACAGGAAAAGGGGAAUGAAAGUUUACCAUGGCUGUGCAGAAUAUGAAGUUAAGUUAAAAUCAGAUCAGCCAGAAACUUAUUAACUGGCAGAGCAGAGUUCAAGGGCAGAGUGGUUUAUUCCAGCACUCAAGCUAUACAUUUAUAUGUCCAAAUUGACAGAUGCCAGAUUUUUCGACACCAAGAAUGAAAUUUAAUUGAGCUCCAGAAUGUAUUAAAUAUUAAAGAUUUAAAUGUUUUAGGAUUACAUUUCAAAUCAAAAUAACAAUAAAAAUGUUAAGAAUUUCUGUGUA